AAUGGCGGAUAGUGCAGGGCGUGAUGACGACGGAAUGAAUUCGGAUAGCAGUCAGCCAUCACAGAACAUCGAAAAAGAAGAGGGUAUACUAGAUGAGGAGUCGUCAUCGUCUGAAUCAGGAACGGGUACAGAUACCGAUAAGGAUGAUCUGGAAGAGAAUAAUAAUCCGCGACCGAUGCUUCCAAAACAAAUGGAAUCUCGCUGCAAACACGUCAAAGACAUCAAUCCAUCAGACCUCAGCCAGCUUCUACAGAAGAAGUUAAAAUGCAUGACUUGCCAUGAUUCAGUCAGUUUCUCAUGUGCUCAUCAAGAUUGUAUUAAUAGUUUGAAGUCAAGCUGUUGCAAAAAUUCCGACCACCUUCUUCCUCAUAUGGCGGUUCACAAUCAUCCUCCAAUAUUAUAUCACGAUCGGAAAUCAAUUCUAUGUACACGUUGCAUGGUCUACACUCCUGUCAAGCGGUUCCUCACACAUACCAAGUUUUCAACGAGCGACAAAGUGGAGCAGGAAACAAGAAAAAUGGAGCCUCUAGCUUUCAGAGGAUUGCUCGGGUAUCUCAAUUUCGGGAACACUUGUUACAUGAAUGCGGUUCUACAACUUUUAGGACAUUGCUCACCGUUCACACAGUAUUUGAUAGAGCUUAUACCUCCAGGUGGCUGGUCAAACUGUUCACACGACAUUCCAAAAACUGCAAUUCAAAUGGCACUUGAUCUCCGAAAUAUGUAUAGUGAUUUUCCUCUACCUUACUUGAGUCCUUGGAAAAUUAUUACAUGUGUUCGCAAUGAGAUGCCAGGAUUUGAGUGUUUCCAGCAGCAAGAUGCUAGUGAAUUCAUGCGAAACCUUCUUGAUAUUCUUGACAGAGAUUUGAAAACAUGCUCCGAGUAUCACCGAACAAAUACACUAAUCGAAAUGGGGAAUCCUGAAAUGGACUACGCAAUAGCUAUGAAUGCUCCGCACACGAAAACUGCAAUUUCAGCAAUUUUCCAAGGAGUUUUAGAGAAUCAAAUUCAAUGUCAUUCAUGCGGGUUUCGCUCACGGACCAUUGAAAAUUUUUUGGAUCUUUCAAUUCCAAUAGUCGGAGAAAAUGAGUUUGAAGAAAUGUAUGCAUCAAAGAAACUCGAUACACCAAAAGCACCAUGCACCUCAUCAAACAUUGAAGACGGACAGGACCCCGGAUUUCUUGUUCAUCAGGGAGCGUUCAACAAGACUAGUCUAGAGUCGUGUCUUGACAGAUUCUUUCAAAAUUCCACGCUACAAGAUGAUAAUCAAUAUUCCUGCAGUAAAUGUGAAGUUCUUGUCGAUGCCACCAAAUCAACAAAAGCUCACCGGUUACCGGAAGUGAUCAUCAUCCAGCUGAAACGCUUCCGCCACACAAUGUUCGGAUCUUGCAAAGUGGGAAAGGUGGUCGAGUUCCCGUUGCGGAGCCAAGAUUUUGGUCGGUGGACGACAAGUGGCGAGCCAGCAUUGUAUGAUUUGGUUGGAUUUGUGGUCCAUGAAGGAAGAAGCCUCGAGUUUGGGCAUUAUGUCUCAUAUUGUAGACACGAACAGGAUAAUCAGUGGUACAAGUUCGACGAUAUGGUUGUAACAAGAUGCGAUGCGACUCAAGUUGCCAAAAGCCAGCCGUAUAUUCUUAUGUAUCGUAAGCACACUACUAACGGAGAGCCCAGUAUUAGUCAAAACACUGAGUCUCCGUUUAAUUUCUUUGCAUCUCGUCGGCUCUUUUCGGAUCGAGAUUCAGAAGCUUGGGAUGUGAUCCGAAAAUGUUUGGAUGAAGACGGAAAAGAAAAAAAAGUAGCGGGAUCUUCUAGAAAGAAUAUAAGAAAGAAAAAGAAACGAAUGACCAAACAACAGAUUACGGAUAUUUUGAAGAAAGCAUCAAUUGAUGACGUGGAGCAGCAUUACAAAGCUCUUCAACAAAUAAUGGAUGACAUUGUCAAGUCACUAUCACAGAAAGAUCCAAAUCGUGACAAGAAUAAGGCGUCUCAAGACGCAUCAAAAGAAGCUCUUAACAACCUGGUGAUAUCUAUGGAAACGUGGUUUAAAGUGAUGAUUAAGAAAAAAUGGGUUGAACGUCGGCUGGAAGAGGAAAGAGAACUUGAUGAAACGCAUCGACUAUUGUAUCAAGAUGAAUCGAUUCCCAACACUUCCGGCUGAUUUAAUUAUUAAUAUUCACUGUUUUAACUAGUCAAAAGUUCGGUCUACAUAUUUUUCAUCUCCAUACAUUCGGUUCAAGCGGUUCAAGCACAAGAAUCACAUUAAUAAUUCCAACCAAGUACAUGUCCUUCAAACCUGUUAAAUACGCAUUCUCUCCCAUUCCAAUUUUUUUUUUUGCGAUUGCUCACUUUUAAGUCCAUAAAUAGUAUUUCACAUAAAUAGUAUUUCACUG